AUUAUCGCUCAGUCAGUGGGAAACAGACACAUGUAAACUUUGGACAGAACUCCAGGCUGAAAGAUCAAAAGAUACAGAUCCUUUUCCCCCUGCUCUGGACACUGAUGCACCACUGAGACGACCGGCAGCACAGAGCAAAGAUCAGCAGACAGGAGGGGAGGCGAUGAAGAGCAGGACUGUCCGGUAGAGGAGCCCACGUGCUUCUUUUUUUUCUCUCGUUGCACCCUAAGCUGCUGUUCAUGGAGGACUGGAGUGCAUGAGGAUCACCCAUCUGCUGCAGACCCCCACAGCCUGAAGCCACCCUGCCAAAUCUGGGACCAUGUCUGUAGGCUACGACGAGUACGCGAGCCAGGAGGAUGCUACGGCCAGUUUCUGGGAGGUUGGAAACUACAAGCGCACAGUGAAGCGCAUUGAUGACGGUAAUCGACUGUGCAAUGAUCUGAUGAACUGCAUCCAGGAGCGUGCCAAAAUCGAGAAAGCCUACGCACAGCAGCUGACUGACUGGUCCAAGAGAUGGAGGCAGCUGAUAGAUAAAGGUCCUCAGUAUGGCUCAGUGGAGCAAGCUUGGAUGGCGAUGAUGACUGAGGCAGAAAAGGUGAGCGACCUCCACACAGAAAUGAAGAACCACCUAAUGAGCGAAGACUUUGAGAAGGUGAAGAACUGGCAGAAAGACUCGUACCACAAACAGAUGAUGGGAGGAUUCAAGGAGACCAAAGAGACAGACGAAGGCUUUAAAAAAGCCCAGAAACCCUGGGCGAAGAAGCUGAAAGAGGUUGAGGUUGCAAAGAAGUCAUACCACAUGGCCUGCAAAGAGGAGAAGCUGGCUGUGACUAGAGAGGCCAACAAUAAGGGAGAGGCCACAACACCAGCAGAGCAGAGAAAACUACAGGACAAACUGGAAAAGUGCAAACAAGACUCACAGAAGACAAAGGAAAAGUAUGAGAAGGCUCUGGAUGAGCUGAAUAAUUGCACCCCUCAGUACAUGGAGAACAUGGAGCAGGUGUUCAACCAGUGCCAGCAGUUUGAAGAGAAGAGGCUGAGCUUCCUCAGAGAGGUGCUGCUGGAUGUCAAACGCCACCUCAACCUCACAGAGAACCAAAGUUAUGUCACAAUAUACAGAGAUCUUGAGCAAGCUAUAACUUCAGCUAGCCCUGAAGAAGAUCUGAAGUGGUUUAGCAAUAUCCACGGCCCUGGCAUGCACAUGAACUGGCCAAAGUUUGAGGAGUACAACCCAGAUCUUAUUCACACCAUCUCUAAGAGAGAAAAGUCGAAGAAGGUUAAUGAUGAAGUUAUGCUGACCAAUGUUAAGACACCAAGAGGCAACGUUCAAGUGGAAGACAGGGGAAGUGUGAGCAGCUACGAGAAGAACCAGGCAUACUCCUCUAAUGAGUGGUCAGAUGACGAACAAAAGGGCUUUAACUCAGGCAGUGACACCAAUGGAGGCUCAAACCUCUUUUAUGAAGAUUCAGGCGAAGGUGUGAGAGUCAAAGCGCUGUAUGACUAUGAAGGCCAAGAGCAAGACGAGCUCAGCUUCAAAGCAGAUACCAUCUAGGGGAUGUCCUAAGUUGACCAGGUCAUUUGGCCCGUCCUGAGUCUCCUAGACAGCAAUAACAAGACUCCCCAGAUGAACCUCAACCUUCAGACUCAUCCAUUAUAUCAUCCCCUCUUCCAUAACUUUGAUUAGAACUUGUAAAAUCCCAUUGUUAGACCCUAAUCAUAACUGGUUAUAUCCAGUUUAUUUCUCAUCAUUAUGGUUGAUGAAGCCCAAUGGCUCAAUCAGAAAGAUUAGCAUUAUCUAGAAAUUUUACCGAAGCACUUAAAUUGCAAGAACAAGUGCAGCUUUUUAACUUAUUUGAUUUUCCCACCGCUCAUUUUAAUCUUUUGUUUUAUAAUGUGACGUAUAAUAAAAUCUCAAUUUAUCCACCUGAAGAUGCAUCUUCAUUGAUUUAGGUUUAAUGCAUGUACUAUCACUAACUUAUUUACAUGUUUAAAGAUCAUUGUAUUGGAUGGUAAACAAAGAGCUCAGAAUAAUCAUCCAUCUUGGAUGGAUAGGUUCAUGUAGCUGUGGUCCUUGUGCUGUCAGAUUCUGUCCACCUUUUUUAUUGUUCACCAUGUAGAGUGAGUUGUUUCUAUUUUUUCUUGUUUUUGGACCAUCUACAAACAAAAAAACUUUUUAAUUAAAAUGUGCAAGUGACUGAUGCUAAGAAAUGAA